AUGAUCGAGUCCAAGCGCGAAAAUCCAUCUCCACGUGAAGAAUCCGAAGGCCGGAUUAUCUUCAGGGUACUUCUGAAAGUAGAAAUCUGGUGCCUCACCUUGUUCAACAAAAGUACAAUACCUAAAGCCAUAAGUGCAGCCACUGCAAACAUCUCGGCAAUAGCCAGGGGCAAAUUGGAAAGGACGGACAACACUUUUCUGGGAAAACCCUUUAAACCCAAGGAACCCAGUUUCUUGCCCCAUCCCUCCGCCGCAGACGGAGGCGGAUUCACGGUACCUCCGCCACUUCCGCCGCCCGCAUCCACCGGGGUUCCGCCGGGCUCCGGCGCCUCGAUUUUCGUCGUCGUGGGCACUUGCAAGAUGGCCUUCUUGCCCUUUUUUCUGCUCUGGUUUUCGGAGGUUUUGAGCUUAGAAAAUACGGUCUUGUUGCUGCUGAAUGAGAGAGUGAGUGUGAGCAUGCCGCCAUUUCUACAAUUGCAAGAACUGUACAGAAUCGAAUUGUUCGUAAAGGAAAAUCGAUUUCUGAAACUGAAACUGUUGCAAAAUUGA